GCGCUCAGUUUGAUCUUUAUCCACCUAGGAAAUGCUCUGCGACUAAUCGCCUAAUCACGGCAAAAGACCAUGCGUCUGUUCAGAUCAAUGUUGGAGAGGUUGACGAAAAAGGUCGCUUCACUAAUACUUAUACAACCUAUGCAUUGUGCGGUUUCGUCCGUUGUUCGGGUGAAUCCGAUGAUUCCUUGAACCGGUUAGCUACAAAAGACGGCUGUGAGUUUUACAUGAUCAUUUCUGUGUUUGUUGUUUCCGAAAACUUUGUUAACGCAGGCUUUAUUCUUUUUAUUACUAGUUCUUAA